GAAAUCUAAAUUAAUAGAUACUUAUCCUGGAAGUUUCGUUCGUCCUGUAGUAGAUACAGAUUCUGCAAGUGCGGUUCGAUCGGUGUAGAGUAACUCCCCACAAAUUGGUCCAAAGCACAAAUAACAUUGGCGAUAGAAAACCAUUAAGCGGUAGAUAGGAAAGCAGGAUCGUAAACGGCUAAGGUGAAUCCACUUCUUUUUGAGCUUUACCGAAAAUCAAUUGGUUGCUACAAAAAUUUGGUUCAAAUCCGAACAUUCUCAAAAAGAAGUGGACCAAAAGGUGUUCAUUCGAGAUGUCGGACCUGCCCCGUGAAUCCGAUCCUAGAUCUACAGCAGAAAGAGAGAUUCUGGACUUGACAGCGACUCCGUGUGGGAUCUGUGGCCCAUCAACAUGCGACGAACAAAUGAUUUGUUGCGACGGCUGCAUGAAAUGGUUUCAUUCACGUUGCGUGGGAGUUGCUGAAGAUUCAAUUCCGGAGAAAUGGUACUGCCAAAGCAAAGCUUGCCAGCAGCAAGCCCAGGAGCUCCAAAAGCAGUAUAAGGAAGCCAGAAAACAGGCUCGUGGCAAUAAGACCCCUGACGAGUCUGAAAAAUCCAGCUCAACACUGCGCAAAAGCACCUCUAGCGUCGAACAGAGGAUGAAGGAAUUGGAGGAGAGGCAAAAGCGGCAGAACGAGGAGCUGGAGGCGGAAAUGCGACUGCAGCAGAUGGAGAAACGGAUGCAGCGCGAGUUUGAGAAGAAAAAGUUAGAGAUGGAGAUCAAACUACGCGCCGAAGAAGAAGAAGAACGUAGAGCCUUGCAAGAAGAGAUAUUGCAGAAGAAAAAGAUGCAGAUUGAGCGGAUGCGAGCAAAUCAGCGCUCGUUUGAGCAGCAGGUGGCUGAUCUCGAUAAAGAGCUUAAUGAGCUUUCGGUCAUAAAAACUUCCAAAGAAAAACUUCCACGAUUGAGUGGGGCGAAUAUAAAUGAGCCGGCAGAAGAAGAGGGCACCGAUGACGAUUUCGAAGAUGAUUACGAUGAAGACUCGGAUCGUAUAAGUCAGCGUUCCAAUCCGUUCAGUGAAGGGGAGACCAGUACUCCGUCACAAAAAAAGGAAGAGAGCCUAAGAGCAGCCACCAUGGGCUGGGGCAGGAACGAUUCGGGCCGACAACGGCCCAGUUAGCAGCCAGAAGGGGAUU